UAAAUCUUCAUCAUCUUAUGAAAUAUCAAAAAGUUUCAAGGUAACAGCUGCAACUGUAGAUUUAAAUGUGAGACCCUAAUUAAUUGACUAAUUACUGAAAGUAUGGGUUUGCAGCAAUUUUAUCAAAGUAUGAUGAUCGGAUGAUGAGAAAUGCUUUUGCCCCUGAGGCAUACAUUUUUAGAGAAGGUGCUAUUCUUGGAGAUGUUCCUGUUACAACAAUAGCUUCUGUGAACAAGUACAAUGAGUAUUUUUAUGAUGAAUUUAUUGAGAAUGUGGACAAGUAUCGGUACAACAGGAUACUUAGUGUGGGUGCCUAUCCCUCUCCAUAUUACCUCUUUUAUACAAUACGAGAGGAGUUGAAGAAUCAUUUUCAGUUCCAUGAAGAUAUCCAGGCAGCUGCUUUUGAUGCAAUCGAAAAGUCUUCUAAGAUAAUCAGGGAGAAGUAUGCUGGAAAAAAACUUGUUAAAGUUGCCAUUCAUGCCAGAAGAGGAGACUAUUUAAGACAUCAGGUGGUAAU